AAUCGAAAUUGAACAGCAACCCUGAAUUCUUGACUGAUCCAACCAAAUCAGAGGAACAAAGUGAGAAACUCUCGAACCAACCUAUUUAUCCUCCCUCAUUGAAUCCAUCGAUGUGUAUCCAUUGAUCUUUGAACUUUGGGAGGCCCAGAAGAAUGUGAGAUUGAUUGUCCCUCUGCCCGUUCCACCUGUUCCACUUGUUCCACCCACCCGCCGAUCCAACCGUGGUGGUGGAAUUGACAUUGGUGGGGCGCCUUCGAUCCUCAACCUAUCUGCCUCUGCCUUCAGUUCCUCCCACUCAGCCCCACCAUGCCGCCCAAAAAAGGGCCCUCUUUGAAGAUUGUCACACCUACCGCCCCCGUUGAACCCGCUACUCCGGCCAUUCCGCGUGAUUUGGACUCGCAUACCACCAUCACCAUCGGAGAUUUGACGUGUGCCAUUGAGGCCGAUGAUCUCGAGUCGAUUUGCGUCCUCGGACGAGGCGCUUACGGAGUGGUCGAGAAAAUGAAACACAAGCAAACGGGUACCAUUCUGGCCGUGAAGCGCAUAACCGCGACCGUGAAUAGUAUCGAGACGAAACGCCUCCUGAUGGACUUGGACAUCUCCAUGCGCUCGUCGGAUUGUCCGUUCACGGUCCACUUCUACGGUGCCAUGUUUCGUGAGGGCGAUGUCUGGAUUUGUAUGGAAGUCAUGGACAUCUCGUUGGACAAAUUCUAUGUGCGAGCGUUCAAAAAUACUAUCCACAUCCCCGAAGAAGUGCUCGGAAAAAUAGCCUUUGCAGUGAUAAGUGCACUCCAUUAUCUGCAAACCAGGCUGCAAGUCAUCCAUCGCGACGUCAAGCCCUCCAAUAUCCUCAUUUCCCGCAACGGUCAAGUCAAAAUGUGCGAUUUCGGAAUUUCAGGAUAUCUUGUGGAUUCCGUAGCCAAAACCAUUGAAGCCGGCUGCAAACCCUACAUGGCACCAGAGCGCAUUGACCCGUCCGGAAAUCCGUCAAAUUACGACGUCCGCUCGGAUGUUUGGAGUUUCGGAAUUUCCAUGAUUGAGAUCUCGACGGGGAAUUUUCCGUACAAAACGUGGGCUUCGCCGUUCGAACAACUGAAACAGGUGGUGGUGGAGCCCGCACCCCAAUUACCGUCUGGAAAAUUCACGCCCCAAUUCGAAGACUUUAUAAACAUGACGUUACAGAAAAAAGUCAAUGAGCGCGCCACGUAUUCAGCUCUCUUGGAACAUCCGUUCCUCCAACUUCAUAGUCAGAUGAACACUGACAUCUCGGGAUUCGUGUCCCAAGUUCUGGAUGCACCCGAACCCGCAGCGGCCUCCACAAAUGCCAAUGGAGAACCCUAGGAAAUAGAAUGAGGUCUCGUUCCUAGUCCUCGCCAUCUUACUCAUCCCCAUAUAUUCCUCGAAAACAUUAAGAAGAAGAACAACAACUAAAAAGGAAGACUAUAAAUCUACAGAAUGUGAGACGAUAAAUAAACAAUAAUACUAGUCUCGUAACUAA